UGUGGUAUAUUUGCACGAUCAAAAUAUGUGUUAUGCAGUACACAAAUGUGUUCCACAGAUUUUUUUAUUUGUAGGGAACUUUGGAAAAUCGGCGUAAACUUAUCUUUACAUAGAGCACUGCUGGGUCAUCAUGUCGCUCAACAAGUUUAUGCAUCCCAGAAAUAUCUACAAAAAUCCUCCAAAUUUUAAAGAGCUGGCGAUAUUAUAUCCAGAUUUUCGCAAACAUGCGAAGCAGGAUGUCGCAGGAAAAGUUUCAAUUAACUUCCAAGACCAGGAAGCUCUUCGUGCACUUACGACGGCGUUGUUAAAGAAAGAUUUUGGGCUGGAAGUGAAGAUUCCAAGUGAUCGCCUUGUGCCAACAUUACCACUUCGCCUUAACUAUUUGCUAUGGAUUGAAGAUUUGUUAGCACUCUGUGAUGGAAACCAAGGAAACUCAGUUUGUGGCAUAGACAUAGGAAUAAAAAUAUAUCGUUUGUCAGGCACUGGAGCAUCAUGUAUUUAUCCCCUCUUAGCUGCAAAAAAGAAUGGUUGGCAUAUGAUUGCAUCAGAGACGGAUCACGAGAGUGCAAAUGCAGCCAAAAUUAAUGUGGAAAACAACAAUCUUCAGGAACUGAUAAAAGUACAGCUGGUUGACCAAGAUAAAAUACUCACACCGCUUGUGGGAAAGGAAGAAAAAUAUGAUUUCUGUAUGUGCAACCCUCCAUUCUUCAAGAAUGAAGAACAACUUGAUCAGAAGAAAAAGUCACGAACUGCUGAGCGCCGACCUCCACGUAAUGCCUGGACAGGAUCUAUUGAUGAGGUGGUUACUCCUGGUGGUGAAAUAGGUCUCAUUAGUAAGAUUGUGGAGGAGAGUCUACAGCUCAGGAACAGCAUCAGGAUAUACACCACCAUGGUUGGAGUUAAAUCUGAUCUUCAACCUUUGAAAGAAGAAUUGCUCAGACAUGGUAUAACAAAUGCAGCUACCACUGAAUUUUGCCAAGGGCGUACAACCCGCUGGGGUUUAGCUUGGAGCUUUAAUGAUCAACCAAAUCUCAUGGAGGCAUGUGGGAAACACAGCCAUAAGAAGAUAAAGCCGAUGUCCUAUGUUGUGCCAUGCACAAAUAAACCUGAUGGCUACACAGUAGAUUGUAUUUGUGAGAAAGUAAAGGAGCUACUAGUCAGACUACAGCAACAUUAUAUGUCGUACCACACGAAAGACUAUGGAAGUGGAAAAUGUGAUGGACCAGAUCGUGCACAGGAAGUUAUUAAACUUAAAAGGAAGCUAUCCGAAGAAGAUUUGGAUGACGAAGAAAAAUCAACUGAGGCAGCUCUCAGAGUAAAAUGCAAAGAACUCAAGCAUUCAUUAAAUGCAAGGGUUAUGACAGUGUCUGCAGCACAGAAUACAUGGACACACCAGAGAAGGCAGCGGAGGAAAAUGCAGAAGAACCUGAAGAUGAAUCCUGAUGGUACAGAAAGAGAAAGUGAUGAAAUUGUGUCACCUGCAGUUGAAACUUCUUCAGAAAUGCCGUUGCAUGAUACAAAAUCAACAACUGAGUCUAACAUUGGUGGCACUGUGAAACUGUCAAAUGAAACAAAAGCGGUAUCCCUAGGUGAAGUGGGCAGUUACGUGCAGUCGGAGGCAAAGAUGCAGCUUCAGUCUAAGAAAAGAGAAGUGGAAGAGCACAGUGCAGACCUAGAACCAUCUGUUAAGAAAAUCAAAACUGAGAAACUAUUGGACGAUGCAAUGGAGAAAGAUAAAAAUGCAGUAACACAGAGUGACAAAAAUGCUGAUACAUCAAAAGUUUCACCUGUUUUAAAUGCUACACUAAUUGUGAGAAAAGAAACAGAUAAAAUCUUGAUUGAAAUGACCUAUAUUGAUGGGAGUAAUGGGAAAGAUGGUGUGCAUCAAGUAUUACAGUACAUCAGAAACAACUUGAAGUAAUUCGUAUCCCCAUCAUUCAUGGUGCAACAUCCCAUCAUCUCUUUAAUUAAAUUGUUUCCAUGAAUAACAUUGUGUUAUUUAAACAUGUGGAACAGCUAUUCUGAAACUUUACAUUGCUAAUGCCAGACAAGCAAUUCUAUAUAUGAGCUGUUGUUACCAUAUAAUAAAACUAAAAAUAUUAUCAGAGCAAUAGUAAUUACUCAUUGUUUCUUUUCAUGGACAUCGGGGUUGCCACAGCUCUGGAAAUCAGGGAAUUUCAAACUUGUUAGGGAAAUCAGGGAAAUUUGAAUAAAAAAAACACUGGAAAAAUCUUGUUUUUUGCUUCAGUAGAUGAAAUCGUUUGUUUACCAAGAUGUCACUCAUUGUUGCUAGGUGGGUGCACCUGAGUACAUGCACCACUUCCCUGCUCCCUCGUUCUUACUGCUUCUCCUCUUUCUAACACUCCCCUCAGCUUGCAGUCAGUGCUGCCAACACUUCUUACUGCUAGCCCAGCAGCUGCCGACAAGAGGCAGGGAGGCAUGAAGAGUGGUUUGUUUGGAUCUGAUUCUCAGAGACUGUUAUCGAAGCAGCUGGAGCCAGCAGUCGUGCAUGCAUGAGAUGAGUCUGAGUGAUAGUGUAAAUGUUUGUGCUCUCGUUUUCUGACAAAGGCUAUGGCCAAAAAUGUAAUUGUGAGUGUGUGAUUGUCUUUUCUGUAUGCCUGUUACAGCUCAGCGAUCAUAUUUACGGUGAGAUGCUACCUAUCCUCAUUAGUAUUGAUUCUCAGAGUAUUCGCACAAGUUAUCUGUUGCAUCAGUCGAUCAUCACGGUCUCAUUUCACAAACGUGGUAUCUGUGACACAAGAAUAGCUGGCCGCACAAGUUGACUUCCGUGACAGGCCAAAAUGGCAGGCCAUUUCUGUGAGUAUCUCUUAACAGAUGAGGCCUGCCAAUUUGGAGCCCAUUGUUUCCCACUAAUGUGCAGGCCCUGCUUGUCGGAUCUAGUCUCUCACCGGUCUGCCCACAGGCUGGGUCUGUUUGUGUGUGAUUUAAUGCGGUGGAUUUUCGUGGUUUAUCCGUGGACCCAGGACUGCGGUGCUCCUCGCCAGGCCAGAGGCCAUGGGUGAUGGAUUUCAGGAAUUUUGACUUUCUCACUGCAAGUAUAUUUUACAAUGCGGCAUUUUAUAGACUUUUAUGUAUUAUAGUACAUUUCUGACACUUCGAAAGUAGUUUAUAUUUUAGAAAGUAUGGAUGAUAAGAAAAUUGUGGCAGUCACUGGCAGUUUGUACACUAUGUACUCAUUUAUUUCUUGAAAGCAAAAUCACGCAAUAACUGCAAAAUAAUAAACAUAACACAGUGGAUAAUAAUAGAAAAUAUCAAACAUAGUAAAACCAACAUUUUAUUGGCAGUCACCUACUGUGAUGGUUUACACAACUCUUCACCGCCUUACACGCUUCUUUCUAGAGGCCUGCUUUUUCCUGAGGAUAUUUUUGAAAUCAGUGAAAGUGUUUUAAAUUUGUCUUAUGACUCCAAGGAAAUGUGUAUUUUUGUCAUUAA